UUAUUGUCGCCCAUCAGUCAAAUCUCGUUGGUAGACUUGAUCUCGCGGGAAGUAGAGUAAUCCGCUGGUCGCUCGUGGCAUUUGAACCCAACGGUCCAAAACAAAACUUUGCUAUUUUAUAUGCUAUUUAAACUUUUUUAUUGAAUCCAAAGAAACGUUGUCAUAUUUCUUUUUGUUCAGAAACGUUGUACGCAUUAAACUGUGAGAGCUACCGAGUGAAGAAUGGCGGACUGAACCAAAGGAGAGAGUGACGCAUUAUUUUUCUGACUUUCCAUUCCUGCUGUAAGGUUCCUGAGAAGAAGUCUCUGACAUGGAUCGCAGGAAAAAGAAGUUGACGUUUAAGUGGCUACGAACUGCAAUCACCUCGCCCACAAACCUUCAGGAGCGAGAUGCUGACUCAGACACACCCUCUUGUUGGAAUAAGUCGCCGACUGAAGAUUCAAAUACGUUGCCCCUCGGUGACUCUCCGGGACCCGAUGGCCUUGGAGCACUGAGUCUGGACACUCCCAAGAGGAAAGCAGGAGUGCUCGGUGAAAGUGCGCCGUCUUUAGGCAAAGUUAAGCUGAGGAAGCUUUCCAGGGAAAAUUAUGAACAUUUCAUAACUUCAGAGGAGAAACCUAUGGACGACCCAUCCAGGCAGCUGGAAUGCACAGAGAGACGGGAAGUAUCCUCACCUCCACCUCACUCUUUCAUCAUGAAAAAGAAAGCAAGGACACCCGAGGAGGGAUCGAAGGCGAUCUACAGGAAGGCAGUGGUCGCAGCCAUUGGCAGCACUACUAGUACCCCCAGGACUUUUCCAUUUGUGUCUUCACCGGUGAACGCUGAAGCACCCAGUGCAGCAACUCUUGACAGAGCAUACAGGGAUAGUAGGUGUUCCUCGACUGAGAACAGAUCCGAGCACAGCGACGCUGUCCAGGAAGAACAGUGGUCCCCUCUUCAGGUGUUGGAGGACAUUGAUGAUGGCUCAGAGCUGAAAACAGGAAGGAGUGUUGUGCUAAAAGGAGAGGAUUCACCCGAGAGGUUUGUAAAAACAACCUCUCAAGACCAAUCCUUUGCUACAGAAUAUGAACCAGAAGCCACUUGCUGUGGCUCGUACCUUCCGGCCCUGGAUUAUACGCCCGAUUCUUCGUCCUGUUUCACCAUUCACCAGAAAGGCCCUUUUGACAGCCAACAAUGGAGAAAUCCUUCACUGUAUACCGAGGAAGCUACAACUUCCUCUUUCACCUUUUCAUCCCCCAAUGAAACCACUGGGGUCGUCCAGGCAGCUGCAGUGGACGAGGAUACACCGUUCUCACUGUCACAGAGGACCGUUUAUGUCUCCUUAAAGCAGCCCCACCCAACAAACACGGCCCCUUCACAUGCACCCAGAGUACACACUGACAAUUUCUGCUCCUCCAGAACUAUAGCCUACAGGGACCCCUUUGCGCUGCCAAUACACUCAACUAGAGUAUCAAACCCUCACUCUAAGUCAACAACCACACGCAGGCAAUCGGAUGUUGGUUCUGCCAUGUGUCACACCCCCACCUCCUUUACUCAAGGUGGCACUGCUAAAAGAAGAUUAUCACUCGGGGCAGAACCUAUGCGGACCACUUACCCGGACAGUCGGGGUGGAUUCAUAGACACGCACUGCCACAUUGACAUGCUAUAUGGAAAGCUUCGCUUCAGCGGGACAUUCGACAGCUUUCGCGAUCACUACAGAAGCAGCUUUCCUCCAGAGUUCAGAGGCUGUAUUGCCAAUUUCUGCAACCCGGGGGUGAUGGUGAGGGAGGCCCUGUGGGAGGGUUUGCUGACAGAAGACAUGGUGUGGGGGGCUUUUGGGUGCCACCCCCACUUUGCCACAGACUAUUCCAGUGUCCAGGAACGAGACAUACUGAUGGCCAUGCGGCAUCCCAAAGCUGUGGCGUUUGGUGAGAUUGGCCUGGACUACUCCCACAAAAACUCCACUCACGGCUCCAAGCAGAAAGAGGUGUUUGAGCAUCAGCUGCGUCUCGCUGUGGGCAUGCAGAAGCCUCUGGUUAUCCACUGUAGGGACGCCGAUGAUGACCUGCUGAAAAUCAUGAAGAAGUGUGUCCCCAGGGACUACAAAAUUCACAGGCACUGUUUCACAAACAGUUAUCCCGUUAUCGAGCCCUUCUUGACAGAGUUCCCGAACCUGUACGUGGGCUUCACAGCCCUGAUCACUUACUUCAAGGCCACCGAGGCCCGAGACGCCGUCCGCCAGAUCCCUCUGAACCGCAUCGUGCUGGAGACAGAUGCACCGUACUUCCUGCCAAGACAGGUGAGGAAAGAUGUCUGCCGGUUCUCACACCCUGGAAUGGCAAUCUACACGCUGCAGGAGCUGAGCCUGCUGAAGGGAGAGGACAUGGCCACGGUCCUGUCCACCAUCAGAGACAACACCACUCAGCUCUACGGCGUGUGAUCUUCAGAAUCACUCGGAAAGAGAAGACCGACGAAAAGUUUUAUUUGCCUUUUUGUUCUAAAGUUAUCAAUCCUCGAUGUCGAGAGCAAUUUUAUUUUAAAUAACAGGUUGAUUGUUCAUAUUAGUUUGGAUGUUUGCUUGUCCAGCUGCGUAGUUCGGUUUGGUACAGUGGACACAUUAAAACCUUUAAUCUUGCUUUUAUAAUAUUCUACAUGUAUGGUAUGAAAAAUGGAAUGAGAGUAUCGUCUGUCAGUCAUCAACACAAAAACAUGUGGUGUUUGCUGUGAGCAAAGCUGGUUCUCUAUUGAAGAAAGGAAGUGGCUGCGAGGAUGGUCCGUUACCUUGUUUUCACACCGCCAUGUUUGUCACACACAUUUGGCUUGAGUGCUUUUUAUUUUUAGAAAGAUUAGCCCAGCCUACCUGUGAUGAUCUUUGGUGGUUGGAGUGCCGACCGAGGACGAGAUCAAUGAUGGAUGAAUAAAUGUAUCUCCUGUUUAUCACGUUUAAAAAGAGGGAAGUGUUGAGAUACAGACAUGACCCCCUUUUGCCAGGUUCUCAAUGAAAGCUGUUUCCAAGAGGUUUUGGGCCUCUUCAGAAAAUGUUCAUGGUUGUGUGUUUCUGUUUAUUAAAAGCUACAAGGUGGAACACAGGACGGACAUGAGCAUCACAGGAGUUUGUUUGCUUUGGUUAAAAAUUAGACAGAGAGACAAAA